AAUUUUGCCGCUUGGCGGCGACACCCAUGCAUGUCCAUGCGCAGGCAGAGUCCGUACUCUUUGUAGUGAUCUACAGCUGCGCACAAGCCCAUACGAUCACGUUCCGGAGUCUGCAGGAUGAAUCUUCGGCCUCUUCAACUUCAAACUCGUCGUUUGUCUUCGAUGGCACCAACUCGGACAUCGCUCGACAGCUCUACAUCCGCUAUAAGGCUGGAGACUCAAGUGAACAACUCGAGCUCAAUUCAAUCCCAGCGGCUGUAACAAAGCGUCUGCAUCCGUUCAACGUCCAUUUCAACGACCUACCGGGACUCGUCCAGCGCGCAGUUCUCUGGGAUUCAGGCUUUGCGGUCUCUCCAAAAAACGAUGCAGUGCAAAUGUGGCCUAUGAAAGGCUACAGUAUGGCCGCCAUCGCCAUCCCAAAGAGCGACGUCGCUAAUGUGGACUGCACGUUCCUCAACUGCUCGCAGCCGAACGACGUCGAGGCGUAUUAUACCAAAUACUGCACAGGGUAUCAAAUCCUCAACGCAUCUCGCUGUGUCGUGGAUCUCUUCGAAGACUCAGGCGCUGGUAGUUUCCUGGGUAUGAUGUGGUCGGUGGGUGGUGACCCUGAUAUGACCCCGGAGCUGCGACUGAGAGAUCACACAUGGACUCAGGAUAUUGAGGAGUUUGGUGGAAAUAUCACCUUCUCGGUCUACGCGGUACACACAGUCUCUAUUGUGAACGAUCCCGCUUGGGAUGUGUGUCCGGCUGGGUACGCAUCGUUGACUAUUCCUUGCCAUCGAAGAGAUCAGUUCACGGACGAAUACAUGGCUGCAAACACGAUGCUACCCACUGGUAGCGAGUGGGUAACCACGUGGCUGGAAAAAGAGUUCGCACAAAGUUCGGGUUUUGACGAAAUUGUCUUGAUCCCGAUCAUUCUUAGUGUUGUCAUUGUACUUGGUUUUGGCUGGUUCUGUUGGAAACGCAGAGCUAUGAGGAAGAAGGACGAGAGAUCAACGUCAGCUACAGCCGAUUAUGACUUUAACUCGACCUCGCAUUAUUGGGGUGGAGGCACGCCGGACAUGGUUCUUCGUCCCAUGAUGGUGACUAGCCAACUCAGCUCUCAACUGUCCAGUCUAUCGAUGCAAUACGAGAGUGCCGGCUCCAACACAACGCUGCAGAUUCUUCUCAAUAGUGAGCAUUUACAAGGAAAACAUCUGGCGUUUGAGAGUAUUAUAUUCGAGAAAGCCAUCUCUAAAGGAGCCUCUGGAGAAGUGUGGGUAUGCGACUACGAUGGACAACAAGUGGCAGUUAAGAGACUUCUCCAAACGAAGCAUCAGAAGGCACAGCAUGUACAGGCAUUCGCUGAAGAGAUCGAACUAAGCGCCAGUCUUGUUCACCCAAAUGUUGUCGAGUUCAUUGGUGUGGCGUGGAAUACAUUGAACAAUUUAGUGAUGGUAAUGGAGUAUCUGCCCAUGGGAAGUCUACAGCGUUAUCUAAGAGUGAACUCCGAGCUGUUAUCGUGGUCAAAAGACAAACUUCGCAUAACUAUUGAGAUAGUGCAAGCUCUGGAGUAUUUACACAGCCGCAAGCCGUCUCUAAUCCAUCGUGACUUAAAAUCUAGCAACAUUCUACUGACGAACAAAUUGGAACCGAAGCUGAUCGACUUCGGCGUUAGUCGAGACAAGAUCGACCUCACCAUGACGGGUGAGAUUGGAACACCUUACUGGACGGCACCGGAAGUACUGGAAGGGAAACGAUACACCGAGCGGGCGGAUAUCUACUCGUUCGGUGUGAUGUUGUCUGAACUGGAUACGGGCAAAGCUCCGUACUCUGAUGCAGUGACGGAGAACGGGGGAAUGCCAAAGCCGUUUUACGUUCUGCAAGAUGUGAUGGCUGGAAGACUGCGACCCAGUUUUUUGAAAGAUUGUCCACUGCGUAUCAAACGAGUUGGUCUGGCAUGUCUAGCGCUUGAUCCAUUAAGGCGACCAACAGCACGAGAGUUGGUGCAGGAACUUCUUAUGGAAGACUGUAACAGAGAAGAUUAGUAAUUGUUGUUUGGAUAAGGCAUAUACUUCGAAUAAUAUUUGCCAUGGAAUAUCAAUUAUUAUUAAGGAGUUAAGAAAAAAUAAAAACUACUUCGAAGUACA